CAAAAUGGCGGAUUUUCGGAAAAAUGGUUCGGAGCUAGACAACACAUAUCAAGUAUAAAUAAAAUAACAAGUACAGUGGUUACAUAAACAAAUAGCUGUGCAAAUACAAAGUGAGUAGCGAUAAAUACAGGAUUCGUUCGUUUUUAUUUGUUUUAAUCGUUCUAUUAUCCUGGGAUACUCUUUUAAAGUGUGAAACAUGGCAGAGGAGCGCAGGCAGAAACUGUGUUCGGUGAUCUUGCCCACUGAAUCCAUGAAGGCCAUGGCAGAGUCAGUGGGUGUGGGCUCUCUGCAGGAGGACAGCUGCCUGGCCCUCAGUGAGGAGGUCAGCUACAGGAUCAAAGAGAUUACACAGGAUGCGAUGAAGUUUAUGCACCAUGGCAAAAGACGCAAACUUACUACUAGUGACAUUGACAAUGCACUUAAACUAAAAAAUGUAGAGCCGCUGUAUGGCUUCCAGUCUCAAGAAUUCAUCCCGUUUCGCUUUGCGAGUGGAGGCGGCAGAGAAUUAUACUUCUAUGAGGAAAAAGAAGUGGAUCUCAGUGACAUCAUCAACACCCCGCUCCCACGAGUCCCUCUUGAUGUGUCACUCAAAGCUCACUGGUUAAGUAUUGACGGUGUCCAGCCAGCAAUACCAGAGAACCCACCCCCUGCUCCUAAAGAGCAACAAAAGGCAGAGUCCACAGAGCCUCUUAAAGCUGUCAAACCCGGACAAGAAGAGGAAGGUUCCAUACAGGCCAAGGGUCAGGGUGCAACCGCAGCAGAAGUCAAAGGAAAGGAGAAGGUCCGGAUGAAGCCACGCAGCACACACGAGCUGUCAGUGGAGCAGCAGCUGUACUAUAAAGAGAUCACUGAAGCCUGUGUGGGCUCCUGUGAAGCUAAAAGAGCGGAGGCGCUUCAGAGUAUAGCCACAGACCCAGGACUCUAUCAGAUGCUCCCAAGGUUCAGUACCUUCAUUUCUGAAGGCGUGCGUGUUAAUGUGGUUCAGAAUAAUCUAGCUCUGCUGAUAUAUUUGAUGAGGAUGGUAAAGGCAUUAAUGGAUAACCCAACUCUAUAUUUAGAGAAAUAUCUCCAUGAGUUGAUCCCUGCAGUGGUGACAUGUAUAGUGAGCAAACAGCUUUGUUUGAGGCCUGAUGUGGACAAUCACUGGGCUCUCAGAGACUUUGCUGCAAGACUGAUGGCUCAGAGCUGCAAGACGUUCAGCACGACCACCAACAACAUCCAGUCACGUAUCACAAAGACUUUCACCAAGUCUUUGUUGGAUGAUAAGACUCAAUGGACAACUCGGUACGGCUGCAUUGCCGGACUUGCUGAGCUUGGACAUGACGUGAUAAAGACGUUGAUCAUUCCACGGUUGUCAGUAGAGGGCGCUCGCAUUAAAGCAGUGAUGGAUGGCCCGGUGAUGUCAAACAUCGAUAAGAUCGGAGCUGAUCAUGUCCAGAGUCUGUUACUGAAACACUGCGCAAGUGUGAUUGCCAAAACUAGGCCGGUCCCAGAUGUUGUGGAUCAAUACAAAGCAGAUUACGGUUAUCUGGGCCCCAUGCUCUGUUCACACGUGGUGAAGGCUCGUGCACAGGCUGCCUUCCAGGCCCAAACAGUCAACAGAACUACACUUACCAUAACACAGCCCAGACCAACUCUGUCAAUGUCCCAAAGCGGGUUGACGGCAUCAAGCGGUUCUCGUACACCCAGCAUCAUUAAAGUGCCCAGUUCUCUCACACUCAUGUCUACUCGGCCCGGAACGCCCACCCAGCCAUCACCCCCAGCCACCAAAUAUAUAGUCAUGGCAACCAGUGCAGGUGCUGCCUCUACACAACAGGUGAUCACUCUCAGUUCCUCCCAGUCCGGAUCACCUGUCACAAGUACUGUCCCCAGCACCCCCACAUCUUUACAGUCACUCGUCAAACUGGAGUCUGGAAACGCAGGAGCAGUGGGAGGCUCACGCCCUCUCCAGAAAUAUAUUGUGGUGUCUUUGCCUUCAUCUUCCUCACUGGAGAACAAAGGCAUUCUCCCCACUUCUACCUCACCAAUCAGCAUGGAGACAACGGUGAAGCUGGAGCGCUCCGAAUCACCGGCCGCAAACAUGCAGUCGCCACACUGAGAAGUGCAAAUAUUGUCACGUGCACCACAAAAACACAGAAGAAAAACAAAUGUAGCUUGCAACUUGCCAUAAGGUUUAUUUAGCAUUUUGAAACAAACUGACACACUCAGUAUUAGAGGAGGCAAGCAAAUAGCUAUGCACGCUUGACCAUUAAACUUACUCAAAUACACUGCCCACACAGAAUACUUCAAACAUUACCACUCAAGCAUGUAUAUUCAAAAACGUACAUGUCUGCAUACUGUAAAUACCUGUACACACACAGGAAUACACAUUCGCCUUUAUGGCUGGAAGCACAAAGAUGCCAAAACAUGGACAACCUUGUGCAACUUUUGCACACAAGAGUUGCAAACAAAACAGAAUUGAUGCUGAUCGUGAUAUAAAGUUGCAGUGUAAACCACAGGAGUGAUGCGGAUGGUGAUUAGUGAUGUAAAGUUGCUGUGCGUUCUCCACAGGACUUUAGCAAUGUUUCAAUAAUGAAUAUAAAGUCAUGCUCGUAUUUAUAAUGGGAGCAGGAGCGAUGGAUUUUGGAUUGAGGGGGUACAAAAGAGACAGUGGGUGUUAUCGCCAUCGCUGUACAAUAUUCAUGUGGAUAAUUUUGCACAUACAUGUGUGCUUGUUGACAGAAAACUGGGCAUUUAUAGGGUUUAACAAACAGUUUAAUUGAUUUACUAUUUCGUAUUCAUUUUGUAUCUUCUAUAAUAAAGAUGGUUUUUAAAUGUGGUUGUCAGUGUCUAGU